AUGGCAGACGUCCGCUCCCUCCUCCGCAAUGAACGCGCUCAACGCCGAAUAAAACACCCCCAAGCCUCAUACUCAGCUACAGGUACCUUAGAAUGCGCCGUUUGCCAUAUACCACUAAAAUCAGACGUCGAAGUAUGGGACAAACACCUCAAAUCUACGCAGCACGCGAUGCGGCAAGAACGACUACGAUUGAGCACAUCCCAACGCCCAAACAGCUCCAAUCGACCAGAAAGAGCUGGAGAAGCAAGCAGUCGAGAAGUUAGCGCAGGAAGCAAGAAGCGGAAAGCAGACGAUGGGGACGAUGACUCGCGGAAGCGGACGAGGCCUGUCGUAGACGUACCUGGAGGCUUCUUUGACGAAGCCAUCGAGGCCAAUAACGCGAAUACCAAGCCUGUUAUUGAAGAAACGAACCUGCCAUUGGAACGAGACGCAGUCACGAAACCACUCCAAGGCUUCGUCCGUGCGAACGGUGCUCCUCCAAACCUGGCCCCCAUAAAUCCUCUCACCAACCCCACAACCCAGCCGUCAGCAGCCCCCAUUGACGAGAACGAAUGGGCAGCCUUCGAACGCGACGUCGCUACUCCACCUCCAGAUCCCUCUGCUCCCACUGCUCUCACAGCUGCUGCAACUAUCACUGCUGCGCCUAUGACCGCAGCCGAACUAGCAGCACAGUCCCGCGAGCAAGCCAGUUUGCAAGGCAGGGAAAGAAGAGAAGCGGAAGUGGAAGGGGAGAAAGAAGAUGCCGCUAGGGCGCUGGAGGACGAGUUUGAUGAGAUGGAGGGGCUUGAGGAAAGGGUCAGACGGUUGAGGGAGAAGAGGGAGGAGUUGAGAUUACGGAGGGCCAAGGAAGCUAAUGAAAGGCUCGAAGACGGAGCGAAGGACGAAGAGGGCAAGCGUGCUGGCGGGGUGGAAGAGGAUGAAGAAAGUGAAGAUGAAGAGGACGAUGACGGAUGGGGUGCUUGGGGGAGGUGA